GAAGUCGCUAGAAACGUUGGGAGGAUGCGUCACUGCGCGCCAGUGAGUACAACGCAGGCACGCGCUAUUCUCGUGCAGGUUGACCGAGCAUUAAUCAGCUAGCGUUUUUCUUAAUGCAUUGGCUUUGGAUUGACAGCAUAGGUAUUACACGCUAACAGAGGCGAGAGGGACGACGCAGAUUCUUGGUGAAAACUGAAAGAAGACAUUAUCAUGCAGAACGCAUCUGCCAAGUGGUAUGACAGGCGAGAGGCUGUCUUCGUUGAAUUCUGUAUAGAAGACAGCAAAGACAUCCAAGUUAAAUUUGAGAAAACAAAACUCGAUUUCAGUUGUGUUGGUGGAAUAGAUAACGCAAAACACCAUAAUGAAGUAGAACUAUUUGAAUCCAUUGACCCAAAUGGGUCUAAACACAAGCGCACAGACAGGUCUGUGUUUUGCUGUCUAAGAAAAGCAGAACCCGGCAAAUCUUGGCCGCGGUUAACAAAAGAGAAAACGAAGCUUAACUGGCUCAGUGUUGACUUCAAUAACUGGAAAGACUGGGAGGAUGACUCGGAUGAAGAAUUGUCCAGUUUUGACCGCUUUUCAGAGAUGAUGAACAACAUGGGUGGGGAAGAUGACCUACCAGAUGUGGAUGGUGCAGAUGAUGAGGAGUCUGCUGAUAGUGAUGAUGAAAAAAUGCCAGACCUUGAGUGAAGGAACAAGAAAUCAUUGCAAGGAUUUCACUUAAGUUAAAUGAAGAGAGACUAGGUUUGAGUUGGUAGCCAUUUAAAAACUGCAUCAUUUAUGAAACACUUUUCAAGGUCUUGCUGCAGAAAGUCACAAGGGAUUAAUUUUUUACUAUUGUGUUGAUGACCCCUCGACAAUAUACACUUUUAUUUUAUAUUCUGCAUGGACAGUUAUGAGCUUUCCAUAAUGUAUUGUGGAAACCGUCAAUGCUCAGUUUACUCAGAAAUGGCUUUUACAGUCUUGGGCGUUUUCCUCGGUGUCAGUGGGGUUUUUGCAUCCUAUUACGCAUACAUUGUAAUUCGUAUUAAUGGAAAAGGGAUGUAAAUGACUUUAUCAACACUUUUUUUGCCUACAUGACCUCUGUCAAACUGUAAAUUUUAUUUAAUUAUAUUUUUGUGUGUGUGGAGGCUCAGAUUUCUGCGCGUGAGUGAAGCAAGCAUUGUCUUAAUGCUUCUCUAUCUCCAAAUGCCAUCCAAAAUACUUGCUGCCUCUGGAAUGAGCAUAUUCAAACCCCUUGCACUGUUUCAUCUGUAAGCCUGUUUUAUGUGUUUUAGCUGCGGUUUUGACCUUCAAAUAGGUUUCUAUCAAUCCAACAUGUUCAAAGUACAUAGUCCUGUCUGUACACGCUGCUUUCCGAAAUUAUUUCAGGUUGGCAGUUAGUAUUUGUUGUUUUGUAUCACACUUAGAUGUGUAGCAGGCAAUUGUACACUGGUUUCUUCCAUAUACGUUGAGAGAAGUAAAUAAAAAAAAGGCAUACACCUCACCGCUGUACAGAACAAAAGGAUAACUUAUCAAUAGAUGACCAAUUUGUGUUUGCACUCUAAAUAUCAAUGCAGGUGUGACUAAAAGAUUAAAACAGUAAUGUUGUGACCUGUCAGUUUCAGGUUUAUAAAUUUAAGUUUGUUAAAUGCAGUGAGGUUUUUGUCUACAUAUUUCUAAUAAACUGUCUCUAUAAGCAA